AUGGAUAUUCAAGAGGAGCCUCGACCCAUUCCAGCCUACUACGGUUGCUAUCUUCUCCGGUCCACUGUUCGACACUCCUCAUUAUAUAUCGGCUCAACGCCAAAUCCAAUCAGACGGCUAGCUCAACACAACGGAACCGCCAAAGGUGGAGCAAAGCGAACAUCCCGCGAUAACUUACGACCAUGGGAAAUGGUUCUUGUCGUGGAAGGCUUUAUGAGUCGCAUCGGUGCCCUACAAUUCGAAUGGGCCUGGCAACACCCCGAAAGAACCCGGCACAUCGAAUCCGACGAUGAAGUCUCCCGCUCAAAGGUCAUCAUCAAUUCCAAGACCGGCAAGACAAAGCCGCGUAAUUCGCGCUCGCGUAGAUCAUUGACCGCUCACCUGGAAGAUCUUCAUACGCUUCUUCGCUCCACCUACUUUUCCAGCUGGCCCUUGCGUGUUCGCUUUUUCUGUGCAGAUGUCCACCGGGUCUGGCGCAUCUGGAAUGACCGCGUCAAUGUACCCCUGCCUGACAAGAAAUUGAUUCUGGACGGAGAUUGCCCUGGAAAAGCGACAGCGACAGCGACCGAAAGCGAAGCGGUGGGUAGCAUCGAUAAGCUUACGGUGGACUAUUCGAAACUAGAGAUAUAUUUGGAGAAAUCUAUGUUUCUUCUUGAUGAUGCAGAGGGACUGAAGUGUCACAUUUGCAAAGCCGCUGUUCUUCCUCUCGCCGAGCAGAUCGUGGUUUGUCCACGGGAACCGUGCCGCGGUACAACCCAUCUUUUAUGCUUAUCUACGAAAUUCCUCGAAGCAGAAGGUGAUCCGGAUAGUCUCAUACCGACAAAAGGCACAUGUCCUGCAUGCAAGGAAACUGUGCCGUGGCCAUUGAUGAUGCAAGAAUUGAGCCUUCGCAACCGGGCCGAAAAAGAAGCUCAAGAAAUUCUGCGGAGAAAGGAUAAACGUGACCGCAAGAAUAAAACUAAAGAUGCUCGGCAAACUUCCGUUGAACCCUCAUCGCAACAAGCAGGUGGUUUGGCGAGUGAAUUGACUCAAGACGAUCCACAACUGGAAGACGACUGGUUUGACGGAGGAGACCUGGAUUCAGACUCAGAUUACGAUGGCCGACAACGGUUACCGACUCCUCCUCCGCCUUCCAGACUGGAAAUUGUCAUCGAAGACAGUGAAUGGGACGAUGCUGAAAUCGUGGAAUGA